GAAUUUUCUGUCGUUUCCUGUAAACUUGUUGACAAGUUGAUUCAGCGCGAAAGACUUUGGAUUCACCAGACCCUCGGCUUCGCGCUUUUGACAACUUUUCGGCGCCGCCUUCGUUUCAACUUUGACGUCUGGAUUGCCGGCUGGUCAUCUUCACUGCUGCUCUCGAAGGUGGCUUGUUCGAGGGCGAACAUCUCGAACGACGCUUGGAACAGCCGCUUCCGGCGCGAAUCGUUAGCAGUCAAGCGCGUCACGAAGUCCUAGUGCUUUUUGAAGGCAUAAUGACGCGAAUGCAUCCGCGUUGGUGACCGGACUGCUCAAGUCCACUACGCUUUGAAAGGCCUCUGAAUGAGCCACGGCACGUUCCUGCGCAAAGUUGGCGAGGUCGUCCAGAGCCGACUGAAUCUUGGAUACGGCGUCCCGAACCUGACACCAGCUGGUCAACUUGUCGUGAAGAAAGGCAUUCGGAGUCCGACAAGCAGCUAUAGUCCGAUAACUCGCGCACUGGUACAGGUUCUUCCUGGGAUGUGGAUGUCGGCAGGACUCGUGGAGUCGAAGGUUCCUCGGCGCUGGAUUGGGAGCUCGAGAGAGCCGAUCGUAUUGCUGUCGUGGACGGGUGAAUUGGACGCGUCGCCAUCGCCGCAAUGCGAGUCCGAGAAUGCCGCAUGUUAUCCGCUCACUCGAGACGACAAUUCAAGAAUUGACGUCGAACGGACGGCUGGCACGUCCUUGUCUACGAUUGGUUGACUAGCGCGAAUCUGGCACGCCUGCCAAUGAAGACUCUGCCUGUUCGGAUGUUGCACCAUUCAACCAAGACAUCAUCGUUGACGCGGUUGUUCGAUGGAGGUCGAACUUUGAACGGGGGGUGUUGUGACGAUGAUGGCCAUCAAGUCCACCCUACACGCCCACGAAUGACACCAAAUGACUAACGCUAGACUCCGAAACUUACACCUUUUAGCUUAGAGACGUUUGUCGUCCCUCUAGAGAGGGGCGCUUCAUGUUAGAAAGCUACUUCUAAAUCUCACUUUUUACCUGCU